AUGGAAACGCCAGACAGACUGAGGACCAUAUUUGGACGCCCCAUCAUUCCUAAUGAAGGGUUGUACCCUCACCCAACGGGGAGCUUCGCAAGGCCCCUUUUCUAUCGCGAACAGUAUCUCCGCAAAUUUUCCGCGUCUUUCCGCGAGGAAGAUGAUUGGACAAUAAAGAUCACAGAUCGCAGUUUUGUAGCGAAUAAAUUGAGGGAGGCUGCAUCCGCAGAUGGCGUUCUGCCGAUAUCCGGCAAACAGAUUCACGUCUGGGAUAAGGAAGACAUAAAUUUCAUAUACAAAGAAUUGAUGGAAAAAUAUAAGCCCUAUGACGACGAACAUAAAGAGACCCGGAUCCGACCAAGCAUCGAUGGAGUUUGGAGGGUAGAUGGAUUUUGUGACGAGAAUUCGAGGGGAGAGCUUAUUAAAGCGGCUGUUACCCUUGAAAAUAGCCCCCAGAAGAAAUGGCAUCCAGAGUCCAAUCAACAACUUUUGGAUCUUGUCCACCCAUCGUGGUGGCCAAUCGUUUACGGCCGUACAAGAACGAUUGAAGGGGAGACCGUUUAUCCACCGAAAAUUCCUGGGAAUGGCUACGGGAGAGAAAAUAGCGAGUUUGAUUAUUCUACAAAAUUCUGUUGGCUUCCUUCCGAAUUCGAAAUAUCAGAGAACGGCAAGACUAGAAUAGCAUCUUAUAUCAACAACCUUGCCCUACCAGACCAAAACAUCUUCUACCCGAUUCUAGAAGACAUAUUUUCGAAAUUUGUCCCUUUAUUUAAUCAUGUUCUCGCUGAUCUACGUCGCUACUUUCACGAUUUUCAAAGAGUAGACUACCUGAAUUAUAAGGAAUCCGACUCUGGGAAAUCCGUGCCAGAAAAUACCUAUAAAGAAUCGUUGAAGAUGCUCCUUGCACAAUUCGAAGAAGGCGAGGAGUUAACGGUCGAUAUAAAAAAAGAACUUAAAAUAUUUCCCAGGCUAUUCAGAAGUCUUGCUAUUUCUGCUCCGUUCACCAAUAGACAAGUGCAUAUUACCAAUAAUGGAAAGACUGUCGGAACGGGCUGGGAGCCGCCAUCUACAAAGCUUCUAGACUUUGUAAAGCUUCAAGGAACUACGGCAAGAGUGAUCGUCAAAAUGGCUACGAUUAUCUUAACUCCGGAGAAGCCAAAGUGGGAAGGGGGUCCGUGGCAUGUGGAGGCGCUUAAGAAUGAAAGGAUUGUUGCAACCGGGAUUUAUUACUACGACCAAGAGAACAUAACACCUUCCUCACUAGCUUUCCGCCGCGCACUCAAGAACAUAGGCAUCGAUGGGCCUAAAAGAGAACAUAAGGACAGAGAAAGGGACAUAUCAGAGAUGUACAACACGAAGGUCAAGAUGGAUAGUCCUGCCUCCCAAGAAAUUGGGAGCAUCCCUACUAAGGAGAAUCGUGCCAUUGUAUUUCCAAAUAUCUUCCAACAUCGAAUUGAGCCCUUCGAGUUGGUCGACAACACAAGAAAUGGCUAUCGCAGGAUCCUAGCGUUCUUUUUAUGUGAUCCGACUACUGAGGAACAUAAGAUCCCCACUACGAAAACAAUACCUCCACAACAACCAGAUGUUCAGGAGGCUAUUAUAAACAUGCUUUGCAAAACCGGAGCUGGUAAACUACCUUUAGAACUGUUCCAGAUAGUCACAAAGGAUCUACCUCCAGCCAUCUCUCUAGAGGAAGCUCAGAAGUACAAGGAGGAAUUGACAGAAGAGCGUACGAAAUUCCGUGAGAAUAGCCGGGCAGUGAAUGGGCAGCUAGUUGAAUUGUGUAAGCUCCAAUAUCUUCUACAUUGCCCAAAUUUGACUACCAAAGCUUACAUUAAAUAUAUUCAUGAAGCCCGGUGCGCAGAUUAG